AUGUCACUCCACCCGUCCUUUCGACGCGCAUCCCCUCGUGCCUCGCUUCCUGUCGUCGCGCCGCGCCUCGCCGUGCUUCCUGUCUCAUCGUGGCGCUUCCCCUCCCCGCGUCACGCCUCCGCUCCUUACGUCGCCUCCCCGCGUCACGCCUCCACUCCUUACGUCGCCUCCCCGCGUCGCGCCUCCCCUCCCCUCAACGCGCCAGCACCCGCGUCGCGCUGCCCCUCGUCGCGCCUCAUUCCCCCCCUCCGCUUCUCCUUAUCCCCCCCUCCGCAUUA